AUGGAUAACUACUACAAUUCGGUAGAGUUAUCCGAAGAUUUAUUGAGUCGCAAAACGCACACAACUGGGACACUUCGCAAAAAAAGAAAGGGCAAUCCAAAAGCAGUAGUCGAUUGUAAGCUAAAAAAGGGAGAGCAUGUAUGGAGAAGAUCUGGGGACAUACAUGUCUCGAAAUGGAAGGAUAAGAGGGAUGUGCUUUUUAUAUCAACUGCCAACAAUCCUGAACUAAUAGAAGUUCCUAACAAAUUUGGCCAGCUGAAAAUGAAACCCAAAGCAAUUGCCGAUUACAACGAGAACAUGUCGGGCAUAGAUCGUUGUGACGAAAUGGUUCAAUACUAUUCUUCGCCUCGCAAAACCAUACGAUGGUAUAAGAAAAUUUUAUUCCAUCUAUGGAACUCUUAUUAUAUUUACAAAAAAAUGUACCCCAAGGAGACAUUUCUGAAAUUUAGAGAUAAUAUAAUUCAGAGUUUGCUUCAACUUCCAGCAAACGUUACUAAUGGUGCUGAUCUAAUAAAAACUAGGACAGGCAGACCUAAGACUAGCGUUUUGCCUGAAACUGUUGAACCUGGUCCAUCUUAUCAACCGUCUGAUCAGCACCGAGUAGUAUUUCAACAUUAUCCGGAGAAAAUACCUGCACCUGAAGGUUACAAAAGAAAAACUUAUUUCCUACGUCGUAAGGAAUGCUGGAAGAACAAUGUUAGAAAAGAGACUUAUGUUAGAUGUAAGGGGUGCCCCGAUAAACCUGCAUUAUGUCCUACGUGCUUUGAGAGCUACCAUGAAAAUAAUGAAUAUUAUAAAUAAAACAAUUGUUUUUUGUUAAUCAGGUUAUGUAUUAAGUUUUUGUUGCUGUUUUUAUGUGUAUUCCUGAUUUUAUUCACUCAUAUUUUCACAGAAAUGUGUGCUUUCGUUUGGUUUUCAUAUACGGCUAUAACCGUCAUUUGCAAAAUGGAUAUACCUGAACUAUCUUAUGUAUAUGCAAAUGACGGGUAUAACCGUCAUUAAAAAAAAUUGCACAAAUGUGUAUUUUUAUUUUAAAAUUGCCCCAAAAUAAUAUAUCUACAGUCUAAAGCUCAAAUAUUCUAUUUAAAUCAUUGAAUUGAGAAAGUGACUUUGCUGGAACCACGCAUAUCCUAAAACUGUCCGCGAACGUGUUAAAAGUAAAUAUAAUUAAAAUACUGCCACACUGAUUAUUGUAUCUUAAAAAUGGCAUAAAAGUCAAAUUUACCUCUAAUUUGUGAUCUAAAAAGUACAUGCUGCUUUCACAAAACAGUUUUACAUGCUGUAUGUCUGUAAAAAAGUAAACGAUUCUCUCAAUAUAUUUUAGA